GAUAGUCGCUGAACUAAAAUAUCUCGCUCCUAAUUAUUAUUCCCUCCGUAAAAAAAUAUAUGAGCGUUAGAGAGUACCAAACAAAGUAAUGGGAUGAAGCCAAAGACGAUCCCGUUUUUUUUUUGCCGAUUCUUCUAAAAUCUUGAGAAUCGGACCUCCAUUUCCCUGAGAUCCAGGCCAGUGAGUGACCAUCGGUCGCCUAGCCGUUGCCAAGCCAGCACACACGCGCCGCGCCGCACCGCACCCUGCCAUGUGCCGCCCGGGCCCGCUAAUCAUUCGCCACCACCGCUAAACAAUUCCGACCCCGCGCCCCUCGUCAAUUCGACCGUUACCCAGCACGCUCCCGCGGCCAGCCCCGCAUUCGCGUUCCCUUCUUCUUCCCACCCUCGCCGCCUCGGCCUCCUCCCUCCCUCCCUCCCUCCCCCCAUUUCAAACCAACCCCCGUACCACACCACACCACCUAGGGUUUCUUUUCCUUCCAAGGAGCAAGUAGCACCGCCCGAUCCGGCGGCGGGCGGCCCAUGGACAAGUACGAGAAGCUGGAGAAGGUGGGGGAGGGCACCUACGGCAAGGUGUACAAGGCGCGGGUGGCGGCGACGGGGCAGCUGGUGGCGCUCAAGAAGACCCGCCUCGAGAUGGACGAGGAGGGGAUCCCGCCCACCGCGCUGCGCGAGAUCUCCCUCCUCCGCCUCCUCUCCGCCUCCCUCUACGUCGUCCGCCUCCUCUCCGUCGAGCAGGUCACCAAGCCCUGCGGCAAGACCGUCCUCUACCUCGUCUUCGAGUUCCUCGACACCGACCUCAAGAAGUUCGUCGACGGCUUCCGCAAGGGGCCCUCGCCCAGGCCGCUCCCCACGCAGGUUGUCAAGAGUUUCUUAUACCAGUUGUGCAAAGGAACUGCACAUUGCCAUGGCCAUGGCGUCCUUCACCGGGAUUUAAAGCCACAAAACUUGUUGAUCGACAAGGAGAAAGGGGUACUGAAAAUUGCCGAUCUUGGGCUAAGCAGAGCUUUUACUGUUCCCAUGAAAAGUUACACCCAUGAGAUUGUGACGCUCUGGUAUAGAGCUCCUGAAGUUUUACUUGGAGCCACACAUUACUCAACUGGUGUUGACAUUUGGUCCAUCGGUUGCAUCUUUGCUGAAAUGGUCAGAAGACAAGCUCUUUUUCCUGGCGACUCCGAGUUGCAACAGCUGCUUCACAUUUUCAGGUUGUUGGGGACUCCUAAUGAAGAGAAGUGGCCUGGAGUAUGUGCUCUGAGAGACUGGCAUGACUAUCCACAGUGGAAGCCACAACAUUUGUCACGUGCAGUUCCAACACUGGAGCCUGAAGGACUCGACCUGUUAGCGAAAAUGCUUCAGUUUGAUCCAGCGAACAGGAUCUCAGCUAAAGCGGCAAUGGACCAUCCCUACUUCGACAGCCUCGACAAGUCCCAGUUCUAGUUGUUGCUGCUGUCUUGGGAGUUGGGCCUUCGCCAUGGAGCGAGGAGAUUGGAGAUUUGAUUUGCUUGCCAUCUAGGCAACCUGAUCAAUCUUGAUUUAUCAGCUACUCAGUUCUGUUAUUGAGUGGGCAAUCGAUUUGCCUAUCUUUUUAUAUAUCACUGUAUGGAUUCUGGUGGUCGGAAACUGAACUGCCACUCAAGAUAUUCCCUGAUGUUUC